GUGUUGUGUCAGUUGUGCUGUCAAACGUCAAACAACUGUCAAAACACUCAAAAUAAUUCAACAUAUGUUUAAUCAUUUUUAGGAAUAAGAAAUUGUUGAAAAUGGAUGAACAGAACAUUCCAAUCGAUAUUAACAACAACAAGCUCCUGGACUGGUUGGUGAGUCGGCGUCACGUCACCAAAGACUGGCAAAACAGCAUCCUCCAAGUCCGCGAAAAAAUCAACAAUGCGAUCCAAGACAUGCCAGCCCACGAAGGAAUAAUCAAACUACUAUCCGGCCAACACAUCAACUACUUCCACUGUUUAAAAAUCAUCGAGAUCUUGAAAGAAACUGAAGCGGACAGUAAGAAUUUAUUCGGCCGUUACGGCUCCCAACGCAUGAAAGACUGGCAACAAAUCGUCUCCAUGUACCAAAAAGACAACAUCUAUUUGGCCGAAGCCGCGCAAAUCCUGAUCCGAAACGUCAGCUACGAAAUCCCCAGCUUAAAAAAACAGGUGGCAAAACUGGAACAAUCCCAAACAGACGCCGAAAAAAAAAUCAAGGAUUAUUCCAAGAACGAAGCCCUGGCCCUUAAGGAGUUCAACACGUCGUGCGAACAGCUGGGAAUCACGGGCAAAAACAUCAAGAGCGAGCUAAUCCAACUCCUGGGGGAACUACCCAAAAUUUACGAAAACGCAGCUGGGAAAAUCAAGUUGGUUAAACCGGCCAUCGAGCUAUACCUUGCCUUUAACCAGUACUUGUCUGGGAAAGACACAGGGGUUGAGGUACUUCCCCUGUUGAGAUUUGUGGCCGAAAAAGGCAACCCCACCACUUAUGAGUACACAUACGGGGAAAAACCGCUCAAAAUCGAGCUAGAGGAAGACACUCUUGAGAAGAACAGUGAGAGUGAAGAACAGAUUGAUUUCGGUGAUAAUGAAAUCGAUUUCGGGGAAAACCCCGACUUCGAGCUCGAAGAGUCGAAAAUCGAUUGGGGGACUCCCAGCACUGACGAAGAGUUCGAGAUUGUUGAACACACCGACGUUGAUUUAUCCCUGGAAGAGUCGGGAAUUGUCGUUGAAAAGUCGGGAAUGGACGGAGGGGUGGCCAGGGGCUCCGAAGCCCUAACUGUCCUCGAUAACCCCAAAAUGCGCGAUCAGGUCAUAAAUGAAUUGCUCGAGUUGGAUUCGUUCCUCAAAAUGCGCCUCUUUGAGUUAUCGAACGAUUCCGAUAUUUUGGCGAUGUCUCAAAUGCAAAAUGCGCCAACGAUGCUUCAGAUGCAAACGGUUGAGUCGAUCACGUCGAUGAGCGAUUGUGUGAACGUGGCUUUGGCUGAGUUGAUGAAUAAGCGGACGCUGCAUUUGCACAAUAUCAAGCAUUCGCCCAAGUAUGUAGAUAUUUUGACCGCGAAUUUGAAGCAAAAGUUGACGCUGACCGAGAGGAUGAGGCAGAGUAUUGGGGUGUUGAAGGAACAGAUCGAGAAGUAUCAAAGCGAAAUUAAGAAUUUUGAGCCUGCUAUUAGGCUUCUAAUUGAGAAAACCAAGCAGUUGCAAAAGGAGGUGCAGCAGGAUAUUUCCAAGAGGUACAAAGGACGUGUUGUUAAUAUUGUCGGAGGUGUCAAUAUGUUGUAAUUAAUGUAAAUAAAAGGAUUACUAAUUUUAA